GGUGUCCCCAACUAAAUAUUCAUUGUCUAUAGCACAGUUGAAGUGAAACAUUCAAACAUUACCAACAAAAUGAGUAUUAAAGUUGUGAUUACGUUUGCCCUUAUCGCAAUAACAUCAUGUUAUGGAAGCCUAGUGCCUGCAGCUGCACCAUUAGCUUAUGGAAUUGCCCCAUAUGCUAGCUCAUAUUCGGCCAGUUAUGUCAAUCACGCAAUCGCUGCCCCCUAUUUUGCAGCGCCAGCUGCACCAUAUCUUGCUGCUCCAGCUGCACCCUACCUUGCUGCUCCAGCUGCCCCCUACCUUGCUGCUCCAGCUGCUCCACUGAUAGCUCGUGCUGCUCCUUAUGCUUAUUUAGGAAAAUAAUGUAACGUAAAGCAAUAUCACUGUAAAAAUGUAUAAAAUUGGUGAAUAGAUUUUAAUAAG